AUGCACGGUGAAGCAUUAGUGCAAGUCCCUGAUGUUGCUAGGCGAUUUGUAACCAAUGAACAAGAUACAGAAGUAAAUCGUUAUGAGACGAUGGUAAUGGAUGUAGCAACUGCUCAAUUUCACAAUGUUGAUGAUUUAAUUGAAGAAACUCCAAACCCAGCAGCCCAACAUUUAUAUGAUAUGUUAAAGGCGAGUGAUAGAGAGUUGUGGCCUGGCUGUAAAACUCAUACCCAACUAUCUCUUGUAGCUCGAUUGAUGAGUUUAAAAUUUGAGAAUAAUAUGUCAGAGCGAUGCUUCGAUCAAAUUUUGGAGUUGAUUAAGGAAGUAGUUCCCGAAGAUAAUUUAGUCACAGGAGAUUUCUACAGUGCUAAGAAAUUACUUCGUGGGAUGGGUUUGCCAGUUGAAAGGAUAGAUUGUUGUCGCAAUAACUGCAUGCUCUUUUGGGGGGAUGAUGAUGACUUGCAUGAGUGUAAGUUUUGCGAUGCAAAACGUUAUAAAGAAUCUUCUGGGGCUAGUGGUAGUCGCCAACGACGUCUAGUUGCAGUCAGUCAGAUGCAUUACUUUCCAAUCACCCCAAGAUUGCAAAGAUUAUAUGCAUCUAAAGCAACAGCAGCAGAUAUGCGAUGGCAUGCUACAUCAGUUAAUGAUGGUGUGAUGAGACACCCUGCAGACUCACCUGCAUGGAAACAUUUCGACCAAACAUUUCCUGAUUUUACGGUUGAAGUUAGAAAUGUAAGAUUGGGGCUUUGUACUGACGGAUUCGCGCCAUUCAAUAGUUUUGAUAAACAAUAUUCCUCAUGGCCAAUCCUACUUACCCCAUACAAUCUUCCUCCUUGGAUGUGCAUGAGAGAACAACACAUAUUUCUCACUGCUGUUGUUCCUGGCCCACACAAUCCAAAGGAUAUGAUUGAUGUUUUUCUUCAACCGCUAAUUGCCGAGUUGUCUCAUCUUUGGGAAGUCGGUGUCCAAACGUAUGACAUAUCAUUGAAAAAUAAUUUCCAAAUGCGUGCUGCACUUUUGUGGACAAUUAGUGACUUCCCCGCCUAUUCAAUGCUUUCUGGUUGGAGUACAGCUGGUAGAUUGGCAUGUCCACGUUGUCUUGAUGAUACAGAUUCUUUUAGAUUACCUUUGAGUGGUAAGCAAUCUUGGUUUGACUGUCAUAGGAGGUUUUUAUCCCCCGAUCAUCCUUUUCGGCGCAACAAAACUGCAUUUGUUAAAAAUUCUCAAGUAAAAAAAGGUCCUCCACAAACCAAAAAUGGGCAUCAGGUGUUGGCGGAGAUUGAGGGAUUGAGCAUUAAAAAAUUAACAGAGUUGACAGUUGAAGAGACUAGAUUGCGGAUAGCUAGACGACAGAGAUCUUAUGAGUCCGGUUGGAGGAAAAAAAGUAUAUUUUGGGAUUUGCCGUAUUGGAGUUCAUUGCUUAUACGUCAUAAUCUUGACGUUAUGCACAUUGAAAAGAAUGUCUUUGAUAACAUUUUCAACACCAUUAUGAACACUAAAGGCAAAACAAAGGAUACGAGCAAAUCUCGUGAAGAAUUGAAUAGAUGUGUCAACCUGAGUACACUUCAAAUGUUUGGCAUGAAGAGUCAUGAUUGCCACGUGAUGAUGCAACGAGUGUUGCCGGUCGCAUUAAAAGAACUUCUUCCAAUCAAUGUAUGGAAAGCAAUCACAGAUCUUUGUCUCUUUUUCAAAGAUUUGACAUCACCUUCUAUUCAAGUGGACAAUCUUCUUCUGAUGCAACAAAACAUUUCUGUUAUUCUUUGUAAGUUAGAAAGAAUCUUCCCUCCAAGUUUCUUUGACUCUAUGGAACAUCUACCAAUUCAUCUCGCCGAUGAGGCAUUGAUGACAGGCCUUAUGCAGUAUAGAUGGAUGUAUCCAUUUGAGAGGUAUUUGGGAAAGUUGAAGAAAACGGUUAAAAACAAAGCCAAAGUUGAAGGAUCAAUUACAAAUGCUUACCUUGUGGAAGAAGCUACAACAUUUUGUUCUUAUUACUUUAAAGAUCAUGUUAAGACAAAGUAA